CGGCCUGAGGCGGCGGCGCCCCCCGGCUCAGCCCCGCAGCCCCCUCCGGCAGAGGCGCCGCCGCGGUGCCCGGCGGAGAAUGGUGCGCGCCCUGCAGGCCCCUCCCCGCCGCCUCCGCCGCAGCGCCUCCGCCGAGCGGGCCGCGGCGGGCCGCCGACCCCCGCAUCGGGCGUGCGGCCGGCCGGCGCGCUGAGGCGCGGAGACCGUCGCCGGGCGACGCCGAGGUGGCCGCGGCCAUGGGGGCCCUAACGAGCCGGCAGCACGCGGGCGUGGAGGAGGUGGACAUCCCGUCCAAUUCCGUGUACCGCUACCCGCCCAAGUCCGGCAGCUAUUUUGCCAGCCACUUCAUCAUGGGAGGAGAGAAGUUUGAUUCCACGCAUCCGGAAGGUUACCUCUUUGGAGAGAACAGCGACCUGAACUUCCUGGGAAACAGGCCAGUGGCGUUUCCUUACGCUGCCCCACCUCCCCAAGAACCUGUGAAGACUCUGAGAAGCCUCAUCAACAUCCGCAAAGACACACUGAGACUGGUCAAAUGUGCUGAAGAAGUGAAGAGCCAUGGAGAAGAGGCAGGCAAGGCUAAGGUCUACUACAAUGUCGAGUUCACCUUUGACACAGAUGCCCGGGUCGCCAUCACCAUCUACUAUCAGGCCACUGAAGAAUUCCAAAAUGGUAUUGCCAGCUACAUUCCCAAAGACAACAGCCUGCAGUCGGAGACUGUGCACUAUAAGCGAGGAGUGUGCCAGCAGUUCUGCCUGCCAUCCCAUACUGUGGACCCCUCAGAGUGGGCAGAAGAGGAGCUUGGCUUUGAUCUGGACCGGGAGGUUUAUCCUUUGGUGGUGCAUGCUGUAGUGGAUGAAGGCGAUGAGUAUUUUGGCCACUGCCAUGUGCUUCUGGGCACUUUUGAGAAGCACACAGAUGGGACCUUCUGUGUGAAGCCCCUCAAGCAGAAGCAAGUGGUAGACGGGGUCAGCUACCUUCUUCAGGAGAUCUACGGGAUCGAAAACAAGUAUAACACGCAAGAUUCUAAGGUGGCUGAGGAUGAAGUGAGUGAUAACAGUGCCGAGUGUGUGGUGUGCCUCUCAGAUGUCCGAGAUACCUUGAUCCUGCCCUGCCGUCACCUCUGCCUCUGCAACACUUGUGCGGACACCCUGCGCUACCAGGCCAACAACUGCCCCAUCUGCCGGCUGCCCUUCCGGGCACUGCUUCAGAUCCGAGCCAUGAGGAAAAAAUUGGGCCCUUUAUCUCCAACCAGCUUUAACCCCAUCAUCUCAUCCCAGACAUCAGACUCUGAAGAGCAUUCAUCCUCAGAGAAUAUUCCACCAGGCUACGAAGUGGUGUCUCUCCUGGAGGCCCUCAAUGGGCCCCUCACUCCAUCUCCAGCAGUUCCACCACUUCAUGUCCUUGGGGAUGGCCACCUCUCAGGAAUGCUACCAUCAUAUGGCAGUGAUGGCCAUCUGCCCCCCGUAAGGACACUGUCCCCUCUUGACCGCCUGUCUGAUUGCAGCAACCAAGGACUCAAACUCAAAAAGAGUCUGUCCAAAUCUGUUUCCCAGAAUUCUUCUGUGCUACAUGAAGAGGAGGAUGAGCACUCUUGCAGUGAGUCAGAGACUCAGCUCUCUCAGAGGCUGUCAGCCCAGCAUCCUGAAGAGGGACGUGAUGUGACUCCAGAGAGUGAGAACCUUACCCUGUCGUCUUCAGGGGCUAUUGACCAGUCGUCUUGUACAGGGACUCCUCUCUCUUCUACCAUCUCCUCCCCAGAAGACCCUGCUAGCAGCAGCCUGGCUCAGUCAGUCAUGUCCAUGGCAUCCUCCCAGAUCAGCACUGACACAGUGUCCUCCAUGUCUGGCUCCUACAUUGCCCCUGGCACAGAAGAGGAGGGAGAGGCCCUGCCUUCCCCACUAGCUGCCAGCAGGGCUCCCUCAGAAGGAGAGGGGACACCAGCGGAGUCCCCAGACAGCAAUUUUGCUGGCCUUGCAGUUGGAGAACAGGAUGUAGAGGGAAAUGAUAUCAUAGAGGAAGAAGAUAGACCGCCUGUGCAGGAAGAUGGCCAGAGGACAUGCGCAUUUCUAGGCAUGGAGUGUGACAAUAACAAUGACUUUGACAUCGCAAGCGUGAAAGCACUGGACAAUAAGCUGUGCUCUGAGGUCUGCUUACCCGGUACCUGGCAGCAUGAUGAUAACAUAGUCAACCGUCACAACACCCAGUGCCGGCACUUCUCAUCUAGCAGCCCAGAGGAUCCUGAAGAGAACAGGCCUUGUGUAUGGGAUCCUUUGGCUGUCUGAGGGCACCUGCACCUGGACCUGGGCUCUCCUCCAGUCCUUGCAUUCCAUCUGUUCUCACUGGACCACAGGCCCUUUGGACAUCUUCAACAAGACAUGUGGACUUUAUACUCACAUGGAGGCAGGAUGUGGAGUACAGCCCUCUUCCAUCCUCAUCUCUUGUAGCCAUUAUCCUUACCCUCUCAGAAAGAACCUGAAGCCUUUCUCCUUGUGGGCUGAUCCUGCUCAGUGAACUGCAAUGCAGCAGCCAAGCCCAGUGGGCCAGUUGAGCUGAGGGCCAGGCCUGGUUGUGUCUUCAGCCUUUUCUCAUCUAAGGAGAGACCAAGAAGACUGGGGAGUUUUGGUAACUUGGUUACAGACUCCCAUGGACAGGUUCUGGUUUCUGGCACCUCAUGAUCAAUUAGAAACCUAACUUGAAGUGGCUGGGGUUAGUUACGUGAGGGAGCCUCCCGCACUCUGGCCUUCCAGAACACCAGGAGUUCCUUUCUCAAGGCUGAGGGGAAUGGUGGCAGCCAAAAGGUUGGUUGAAAGCCAGAUCUACUAACAGAGCUGGUCUUCUGUGCCUCUUGUGCCCCCAGCUAGGAUCGUCAACCUUGCAAGGCCUUGUCCUCCUCAGGUGCAGUCAGGAGGGCCUGCUGAGCCACCCCUGUGUACAGUGCUAGGGUUGACCAUUCUCAUUGCUCACCUUAACUACAGCCACUGAGAGAGUGUCUCAAACCCAACUGCCCUUUCUCUACCCUCUCUUAAUAGUUGAGAAACUAAGCUGAGAAUGUGGACCCAUGGUCCUCAAACUGGUGCACAGGUACACCAAGGGAAGAGUAGGGAGGCUGUGGCCAGCUGCAGUACCACCUGGGGACCAAAGGAUUAGAAGACCUCCCUACCCUAGUGUAUCCCUCCUCUGCCUUUCAGAUCUGACAGAUGAGAGGGGCAGCCUCUCCAUGGGUUCACCAGUGCUUAGAGAUGCCGCCCAUUCAGCACUCAGACGAAGCCAUGGCAGCAAGCUGGCAGGGAGAUUGUUGGGUGUCCCACCUUUUUCAACUUGAUGGAUUUCUCGUGGCUCUUCCAAUAGAUGCUUGUCUACUGGCUUUUGGAAAAGGUAGUUUUUCAGUGAAACGUGAGAUGGCUUGGGAUCCAGAUUAGAAACAGUUACUUAUGGGUGUGAGAGAUAUGAGGAGCUUUAGACUUUGCAAGUGGGGUCCUACAAAAGCUUUCCAAAAAACACCAGUGCCCAGGACUCUGAGGGGUGGGGUAGAGAGUUUGGCCUCAAACUUGGUAUGCAACUGGGGAUGACCUUGAAUUUCUGAUUU